AAAUAUGGAUCAUUGUUCAUAUUUAGACUAGUAUUUUUCACAUAUCGUGAACGUAGGGGACUUUUAUUUUGAAAAGUUCCGAAAUUUUGUGACCCGGAUGGACUUUUCUUUGUGUUGCCCACGAGACGCUGGUGAUAACUUCUACCUAAAAACACAAAGCAACAAGACACAUUAUUUCAAAGUAUUUUAUCUGUUGAAUAUUAUAAAGAUGGCAGGGAAUGUUAAAUUCUUUAGAUUUGUCGGUGGUUUUGUGUGCGGCGCCGCCGUCACCACUGGAUCAUGUGUUGCAGUGAUGAAACUUUACAAGGAUGAGGACACAGAGGACCAGAGAGAGCCCGAGAAAGGUUUGCUUUUAAUUCCUCAGGCACAGCAGGACAUUGGGCGGUAUGGCUUCCCCUUGACAGGAGCUGAGAUACGAUACUACGCCAACCACACAUUGUCCUACAACCAAGCCAUGAAAACACCAAGAUGGGUCGCAGAGCACCUGUCACAUGAGAAACUAUUGGGGAAAGCCGACAGAAAGCACUGUAAAUUCAAGCCAGACCCCAGUAUCCCAGAACCCUUCACUGCACACAAUGCUGACUACCUUGGCAGUGGCUGGUCCAGGGGCCAUAUGGCCCCCGCAGGAGACAACAAGACCUCAGAGCAGUCAAUGGCUGAAACCUUUUACCUAUCCAACAUUGUGCCCCAGAACUAUGAAAACAACGCUGGAUACUGGAACAGACUGGAGAUGUACUGCAGGGACCUGGCCAAGCGCUUUGAUGAUGUGUGGGUCAUAUCGGGACCUCUGGUCCUUUCUGAAGAGGGGGCUGAUGGGAAAAAGACAGUGUCCUACCAGGUCAUAGGCAAAGACGACGUGGCCGUCCCCACCCACCUCUUCAAAGUCAUCCUCGUCAGGAAGGACCAAUCGGCAUCGGGCAAUUUGACUAACAACCAAUCGGCAUCAAUAACCUUGGCCCUCGGAGCCUUUGUCGUACCCAACCAGCCAAUCGGCUUCAAGCGCCCACUGACGGACUUCCAGGUGAGUCUAUCGGAACUAGAGAAAAUCUCGGGCCUGACCUUCUUUCCCAAAGUGGAGCGGACAACUCCGAGCCUCCCCAACUUGUGCGAUAGGGAUUCCUGCCACCUGAUGGACUUUAAGGAUUUCACCUUGUACCUCACGGCCAGGAAGGUGGGCAGUGCCCGCACCACGGUGAAGCUGGAGAAGAGCAUGGCGGAGCUGAAAGAGCAGGGCAUCGCCCCGGACGACUACGUACUCAAACUGUACCAGGAGAAGAAGAAGGAACUGGAAAACAAAGAGCAUAACCUGGCUCAUCUUCCUUAGGGCAUUAAGAAAAAAACGUUUUGUAGCAGAAUAAGAAAAUGAGGGUUUCUAAUUGGACAAGUCCACAUAGUCCCUCCCGUUUUCAUUGGUUUGGUGCCUAAUGAACACAACCCUGGAUGGAAUGUCCAUUAUGGCUCUGUGAAACGAGCAACUGGUCAAGUGGCUGUUUUGCUAUGGGUUACAUAGUUUGUUAGAUUGUUUAUUGAACAGAUUUUUCUGUAUAUUUCUUAAUAUUUUUUUCCUCAUUGGAAAGUGUAUUUCCCAUGCCAGAAUUUUAAAAAAGUAAAAAAAAAAAAAAUUGAUUGUUUUUUUAUUUGCCCUGAACAAAAAUAUAAACGCAACAUGCAACAAUUUCAGCAUUUUACUGAGUUACAGUUCAUAUAAGGAAAUCAGUCAAUUUAAAUAAAUGUAUUGUUCCCCCGUCUAACUCAAUCAGCUUAUCAGGCUUUUAUGGGUACUAAUCGUUAAUAGAGACCCAGGCGGAAUCCUGCGUUUUCUGUACAUACUAAUUGAGACAUUUCAAUUGGACCGCAGGAAAAGAAGGACACAUGUAUCACCAGUGUAAUGGAUCAGUUUGUUACCGAGAAGCACUAUGGGUCGCUUUAUUGUUUCUAUUACCUCACAGCUGACUUCAGGACAUUACCACUCAACCACUGCUAUCCGCCAAAUGGACCAGGCGGAUAUCAGAUAUACAGUAGUAUCACAUCACUAAAGACUAGCCUAGACCCCAUCACUCACCCAUCAUCCACCUUAAACACACACACACACACACAGGAUCCUACUCAGCGAUUUUUUUUUUUUUUUUUUUUAAUCAACCAUAGCCUAUUGGAAUCAGGAUGAGAACUAUUAGGCCUAAUGCAGUGUAAUUGACAAAUGAGAACACAUGAACACACACUCUGUCUACUGUACACACACUGUCUGGCAGACCAGAGCUGCAUCUCAAUAUUACGAAGCAGUUUCUCUCCUUGAAAUUCUCAUACUUGACGCCUACCAGGAAUUUGCUUGGACCUCUCCAGUCUUGUGAGAUUACUAAAGGUGCAGCCUCCGUCGUAGCCGGCCGCGACUGGGAGACCCAUGGGGCUGCGCACAAUUGGCCCAGCGUCGUCCGGGUUAGGGGAGGGUUUGGCUGGCAGGGAUGUCCUUGUUCCAUUGCACACUAGCGACUCCUGUGGCGGCCCGGGCGCAGUGCACGCUGACGCAGUCGCCCGGUGCACGGUGUUUCCUCCGACACAUUGGUGUGGCUUCCGGGUUAAGUGGGCAUUGUGUCAAGAAGCAGUGCUGCUUGGUUGAGUUGUGUUUUGGAGGACGCAUGGCUCUCGACCUUCGCCUCUCCCGAGUCCGUAUGGGAGAUGCAGCGAUGAGACAAGACUGUAACUACCAAUUGGAUACCAUGAAAUUGGGGAGAAAAGGGAGUAUAAGUUAAAAAAAAAAAAAAAAAAAAAAAAUAUGUUUUUAAAGGUGAAUGACAGGAUACAGGGGAUAGAUAGGUGGCCAUUUUCAACUAUUGAGCUGCUAUAUUUGUCAUUCGUCUAGCUUAAAUGAUUUGAUGCCACUUUACAGUAGGUUGGUGCGACAGUAAUCCAGUCUGAGCUCAGCUGGCACUGCUUUACCGGUUAGAGUCCCACUGUGCCACUGUGUUUGUCAGGGAUCACUAGCCAGGGAAGGUCAGGAGCAAGGGUGGCACUGGGAACCAUGUGAUGAUAUAUUAUGUAGAAAUACGUUGUUACUUUUCCAAUGUAUGGCAUGGUUUUAUUAAUAAUCAACUGUACAUUAAUAUCAACUUCUCCCAGCAGCUAAUAAAUAUGGAGAGCAGAGAAGUUCUCAUUUGGAAUAUGGGAACCAUUUAAAGUAGAUUUUCCUCACCCGAGAACAUGAUUUUCUAACCAGUCACACUGCAAAUUGGUGCUUUUACAGUAAUUGUAAUCCUACUCUAUAUGGUAAAAUGCUGUCAUUUUCACCUUCCAAGGUAAAUGACCCUGAAGGUAAAGAGAGGCUUUCCCAUUUACAGUGAUUCAGGAACUUUAUGUGUGCUUAACACAAACUGAUCAAUUUGCAUGGGACAUCUAUAUGGAGAGAGAUGAAUGUUACUGUGUUUACCUUUUUUAUCACCUACAUCCUCUUAACCUUACUAAGGCAAACGCCAUAAAGGAAAUUGAAUGCAGCUGGAUCAAAUGUAAUCACAUUUUUUGUGUAAUCCAGGAGAGAGAGUUCAUACCUUCACAUGGCCUUUGGGAGAUAUCAUAAUAUUUUCAAAGGUGUUGGCUACAGGUGUUAAAAAUUUGAAUGGACUCUGAAUAGGCUAGUAAGAGAAAUACUUGAUACACACAAUAAAGGCAGAUCCAAACCGUA